AUGAAUGAGGUGCACGACGUUCAGCCCGGCCACAUCUAUCAGCCUGGCAACAAGAAGGAAGUCAGACUGGUCUACCGCAUCCUCUCUGGCCCUUACUGUGGCCGGCACCAGAAACCCUUCUCGCUGACGAAAUGGGGGGUUGCUGGUGCGUGGGACGCUGCCCAGCAGGCGAAGGCGUACAUGUUGCAGACCGGACGGUUGCCGCCCUCCUUCGCCUCCCCGUACUCGCGAAGCAAGUUGACAAACGCUUCUGCGAACGCCAUCGUGAAGCCUGUUAGACCAGCAGGAAUCCCCGGGGUUGAUGGUUUCCUCGGUCCCAUGGACCUGGACGGUACAGGUUCAUCCGCUCUUUUUCCUUCGCUGGCGGCGUUCUCGGCCACGACGAAGCCGCCCGAGGCGGCCCUGGGUAAAGCACCUCACGCACGCAUACACGCCCACAGUUCGCACUUUGAAGACGAUAAGAGCUUCACGACGCAGUCGUCGACCACAUCGGACGCACUCGAUGAGAUCUUCAGGUGCUUUUCGGUAGACGACUCUGCGGCGGGGCCCGCGACUUCACGGCGCGUCGCUCGGUCUCAAAAAGUGGGGAGCCGAGGUGGCCCCUGCGCGCCGAACUUCUUGCCGCGGUGCAGAAAGCAUUCGGUUGGCACUUCGUCCUCCACCGCAAGCGCACCUCUGUCCCCAGUGGCCGCCGGCAGUGACUCAGUACCGAGGUCCUUUCCUCCCUUGGACAAUCUGAGCCUCGAUUCUGCAGUCGCGGCGGAGCUCCUCCUUUCUCCUCUUCUGGAUUCCCUCUGUAAAGCAGAGGCGCGCCUCGCGGAGGGAGAGAGCGAGGAUGUGUCACUUGCGUCUCACGAUCGCGACACGGCUGACACAUCCGGAGACGAGGACUUGCUACCGAGAGGAGUCCGUGGCGCAGGGUCCGCGAGGGUCAGGAAGCAGGCGGCUGCGCCAAGCUCCGCGUCCAGCACGAGAUACACAGGAAAAGAUCUCGGCAGUCCUGACACGGCGAAGCGCGCGUCUUUCGCAGGUUCAAAGACACUGCGCAGACUCUUGUUGCCUGAUUCUCUCCGUGUUUCUGCUUCUCCAGGGCUCUCCGCUUUCUCUGAAGGUGCAGGCGCACAUUUUCCUUCUUUCUUGCCCUCGCCGCAAACAGGAUAUCAGCGGGCUGCUCCGGGCUGGGCGUAUCCGUCAUCGGUGCAGGCAACAUUGGAAGCGAGUGCGCGGGCCGCUGCGGUGGCGAGUGCAGCAGGAGCUGCCGCGGGCGGCGGGUCUGGCCCGUCGUGCUUCCACGGGCAGCAAGCUGCGCGGCCAGCGGGACCUGGGCAUGUCGCCUCCUGUGGGGGCGCCGUUCCCGCGGAUUUGAUCGGUUUGCAGAUGUUGUCCGGAGGAAGCCCUCACUUCGCACCUAGCACGCUUCAGAGGGGAAGCGGUACGGGUGGCUGGGUGGAGAGCCCGAGUGUCCCAGUUGGAGGGAGUGGGGCUGCGGAUGGUAACGUCGCUGCAGCCACUGCCUUUACGCUCCUCCAGUUGGCGGAGCAUAACGCGGCAGUUCAGCCGAAGGAUCAGAGUCAGCUGGAGCAGAACACUUUGCAGCAGUUCUUGUUGCUUCAGCAGCUUCAGCUGCUGCAGGAGAAGCAGCAAGAGUCACAACAGGAGCGAAUCCGUGGAAACGGUGGCGCAGCGUCCCUUGAGAAUCAGGGGACAGUUGGGGACGAAGUCUCCGGUGGGCGUGCGUUGGCGGGUGAUGUUGCGGACGGGCGCAGCCUCUGCAAGGCGUCAGUGGAACCACAUUUGAAGUUCACUGACCGCCCGGUCUCUGCUGAGUCUAAAGAGAUGGAUGACGUACAGUGCAUAGGCAGUCGUCGGUGCGCUCCUCAGCAAGAAUGUGAAAAUGCCGCAAGACUGAACUCUGCACAGAGCAUCGGGUCCCUGCUCUCGUCGACAUCGUUGGCGCCUGGACAGAAAGGUGGGGGGCCUCAGGAGCGGGGAAAGGCUGAAGACGCGGAGUCCACAAAUAUGAGUGAUACGCUCCGCAGUCUGCUUAUCGCUGCCAGCAUUCAGCAGCGGCAUCAGGCAUUGCCCGACGGUAAUUGUGGAAGCCAGCAAAACAGGCGUGAAGGAAGUGUGUCGCCUCUGUGCGGUUCCGAGCGCGCAGAGAGUUUCUUCAAUCUUCGAUCUUUAACUUCUCUGCUGCCUCAAGCGCAUGGCGGCCUGAAGGCAGAGGAGAGGCCGAUCAGUGAUGGACGCGGACCAGCAGUUUUGGCACCUUCCCCCAGGUCUCCAGGAGGGUCAGUGCCGCCUAGGAGCCCUCUGGACGGUGGUUUGAUGUGCUCCCCGAAAGGUGCAGAGGGUGCAGACGCAGGGCACGGCGUUCCGUCCCAUCUCGCAAUGCUUUGGGGGCUUUCUUCGUUGGAAUCAUCACGGAACAAUGGCAGCUGCAGCGGCCUCACCAGUACAACUUCUGCAGUUUCGGUCGAAGGUGACGCACGGCAUUCUUCAAUUUCCAAUGAAGGAACAUCCAGUUCGCUAGGUAGUUUACCGGACUGCGUGGCCGCUGCGCUUCGAGAUGCUCUCCAAGCAGACUUUGACACUGAGGAAGAUGGAGCUGGCGAUCAGUCAGCAAGAGCCAAAGGUGAGGCUCCAGCACGUCCCUCAGCAACAAAGCUGAUGUCUCCCCUUGAUACUGCGCACCAAGUUUCUCAAUUCCAUGCAGCAAAGUCCGAGGCAGCGUGCUUGCCCAUCGAGUGCAAUGGCACAGCGCCGUGCGACUUGGGGAAUCCGAGCCACGAUGUGCGAGGCAGUGAUGAUCUCGCGUCUUCCACUGAGGCGUCGACAAGAAAUCUUGGGUGCAGCAGUCCGGGGAGCCCGUUGUCCCAGCGAGUGAGUGGGCAAAUGCGCACACACGGUGUAAUUGUUCAAGAGUCAGCAAGGCGAGGGGUGCCGUCAAAUCCAGCUGGUAUGCCAGAGCUACAAGGACGUGCGACGGAACCUGAGUUCUCUGUGUCGCAAGGAGAGGGUGCAGGGGAGACCUGUGGUGCCGUGAUGGGCACGGCACCACAGGGUCUGAAUGGUAGACGGUGUGAGGCGCGGGGAGAAUUUCAGAUGUAUUCGGGGACUGAGUUCCUUGAUCACCAAGAUGUGGAAGACAGAGAAAGUCGGAAGCGGAGAAGCAGGUCCGACGGUGUGGGCGACAUGUGGGAUGGAGAUAAAAAACGCGGGCGAAUGUUCUGUGGAAUAGCGGCGAGCACCGCUCCUACAUCUUCGGGGCAUGCGGUGUCUGCGGAGCGAGGCAGCGUCCGUGUUCACAGCGACGUCGGGGACUGCAGAGAAUGGUCAUCAGCUUCGGUCCAUUCUGCAUUUGCCGGUGAUGGCAACGUGGGUAGUCGCCUGGUAGCAAAUAGUUUUGCACCCGAGUAG